UGCCUGAAGGGAAAAAAAAAAGAACAGCAAGCUGUAAAUGUGACUCUCAGCAGCAGCGGUAGGUGACAAUGGAGUGUCGCGUGUUGUCCAUUCAGAGUCACGUUGUCAGGGGAUACGUGGGGAACAAAUCGGCAGCAUUCCCGCUGCAGGUGCUGGGCUUUGAAGUGGACUCCAUCAACUCGGUGCAGUUCUCCAAUCACACAGGCUACGCCCACUGGAAGGGGCAAGUACUGACAGCAGAGGAGCUGAAUGUGCUCUAUGAUGGCAUUAAACUCAACAAUGUGAACCACUAUGACUACAUCCUCACAGGGUACAGCAGGGACAUCUCCUUUCUGGAGACAGUGGUUGAUAUUAUUAAGGAGCUGAAGAAGGCCAAUCCCAGCUUGGUGUACGUUUGUGAUCCUGUUAUGGGAGACCAGGGUGCUAUGUAUGUUCCAGAGAACCUUCUGCCAGUCUACAAGGACAAAGUAGUGCCUUUGGCUGACAUCCUCACUCCCAACCAAUUUGAAGCACAGCUCUUAACAGGGAGGAAAAUUAACACAGAGGAAGAUGCUAUUGAGGUGAUGGACUUGCUUCAUAAAAUGGGUCCAGAGACUGUGGUCCUCACUAGUACAGACCUUCCAUCGAAACAGGGGGACCAGUUCCUGGUGGCUCUUGGAAGCCAAAAAAUAAAGAAACCAGAUGGGACCAACACAGAUCAGAAAAUCUGCAUGGACAUCCCCAAAAUCGAUGCUGUAUUUGUGGGAACAGGAGACCUGUUUGCUGCUAUGAUGUUAGCCUGGACUCAUCAUCACCCCAAGGACCUGAAGACUGCCUGUGAGAAGACUGUUUCUGUCAUGCACCAUGUCAUUAAGAGGACCAUUACCUAUGCCAGUGAAAUGGCUGGCCCUGGGAAAAGACCCACCCCCGCACAACUGGAGCUGAGGAUGGUUCAGAGCAAAGCGGACAUCGAGAAUCCUGCCAUUGUAGUAGAAGCCAAGCUUUUACAAAAGUCUUCACACUAAACACUGUAACGUUUUCUGUGACCGGUCUACCAGACACAUAGAUGAGUUUGACAUCAAAGACUGUCACGUGUCUCUGCCUUACAGAAUCUCUGAGAGGAUACUACUAUCUUUAUUUUUUCAUGAGUGGUCGGGAGAAUUUUUAUGUAUGUUCUGCUCACGGACACACUGGAAUAACUGCCAUAUGUGUCUGUACUGUAGAUAGUAAGACAAAAUGUGCCCUUGAUUCAAAACAAAGCAGGACAUCAGCCAAUCAUAGCCCUUUCAGACAUGGGAUGCAUGAACAUUACUGGCUUCAUCAGUCUGUCAGCUGAUGGCACGGUAACAUUCAGGCAAUUUAAUGUCCCUAACAAUUUCAUUCAGACUUACUUGCGUGGUAGACACAGCUGUGGAAGGAGCGCUAUAUUUGUGUGUCUGUGUGUGUGUGUGCAUUGGUGAGAGAGCUUCACCCUGCCCCUCCUGCACAUGAAAGAGAUCUCUCUCUCUCUACAGGGGAAUGUUUUAAUCUUAUUGCAAAUUAAAAACAGUUGAUUAGAUACAAUAUUAUGUCACACGUUACUGCUUUUUAGCUCAGCUGCUUCGAUGACAAAAGUCGAGGUAUUGUCGUAGCCUUGGCAUCUGCAUCAGCUGUUCCACAAAAACUUUAACGUUGCCCAUAAUGCGAACAAUUUGACCCCUAGGAUGUUCAUAUUCACGCCAUAUUGCAUCUACUCAAAACCUCGCACAAGGUUGAAUUUUGGUGGCCUUGACCUCAAGAUAAAGGUCAGAGGUCAAGUUUAAGAAAAUCUUGUGAACGCAAUAACUUGAGAAUGAGCUCACCUACAAUGUUCAAAUUCACACCAUAGAUACAGUUCAAGCUAGGCCCAUCAAACUUCACACACUUGUUCAGUGACUUUACUAUAUCAGCCCUUUGACCUCCCCUUUCUCCCCGAAUACAAACAGCUGAGCGUUGGCACUCAUAACUGUGCCAUGUUCAAAGUGAUUUAUAAAUGUUUACUUAAGGUAACUGAUGCAGUUUUUACAUGAAAAAUCACAGAUAUUCAUAUAGCAGCAACAGUCAUCUCAGGGCACUCUGUAAGGUUUAGACCCUGGGUGGCUGUGGCUCAGGAAGGUCGGUGGUUUGAUCCUUGGCAGCUCCGGUCUGCAUGCCAAAGUAUCCUUGGGCAGGAUACUGAACCCCAAGUUGAUCUCUGGUGCGUUUGUCAGAGUGUAAAUGUUAGAUAGAAAGUACUUAGGCGUAGAAAGAAGUGCUUGUAUAAAUAGGUGUGAAUGGGUGAAUGAGGCAUAUUGUAUAAAGUGCUAGUAGAGUAGAAAAGCACUAAGAAUCAGUCCAUUUACCCUACAAAAUUAUACAGAGGAACUCAGUGACUUUGAGCAAUUGGAAAUAUUUUAGAGAGAAAAAAAAAUCCCAGCUUUCCCCUCACAAGUUUCUUCCUAAGAGAAAAAAAUGCAUAGAGAGACGACAACCAAUAUCAAAAUAGGCAAAUGUAGAAAGGCAUGCCUGUUUAGCCAUGAAGCUGUUGCUGCCAGAUUAAUGGAAAGACGGGCAUGUCUGAAAGGGGCUCAUAUUUAUUUUAAAGGAUCAUUUCAAGAUUGUGAGACUUAAUUUAUUAAGCUGAACAGAAAACGCACAAGCCAGUGUUUUAUGCAUGACCAUUCACCUACUUGUUUUGAUUCUAGAACAUCAGGACACGUGUACUUCAAGAAAGCCACACAGAAGGCAUUGUAACCACAGCAGUACACUAUCUGUGAUAACCUUAAAACGGGCUGGAUUAGGCCACUAUAAAAUGAUUUUAAAGUGUUAAGAAUGCAUGGGAUGUGCUUAAAAUGCACUUCACUUAAAUUGCUGCUAUGUUGUAGAUUGAGUGGAUGCAUUUUAAGCGCUGAAAUAUGUUAUUGUAGUUUGUAGUCUCAUUAUUUUGUUUCAACUCUUUUAUUUUAGACAAAUUGUGACUAAUGAUAAUCAUAAUAGCUGAUGUCAAAAAUGUUCUUAUAAUCAAUUUUCUUAAAAAAUUCUCUUUGUCACCUUUUUUUUAAUUAUGCAGUGCUUUCUAGCAGGUGUGUAACAUGUUAGAUUCAUGUCUUAAGCAUCUCAAAUUGAGGUAUUUGCACAGAUGAUCUUUAAUAUAUUUACUAAUAGUCAUUGUUUUCAUUUAUGACUGUUGUCAUAUCUCAAGAAAAGAGUGUCUAUAAGAAACCACGUUGUACUGUAGCCUUAACAAGGUUAGGAAAGCAAAACAGUGGUUGUGAAUGUUUUUGUGUGCUUUUAGCUGAUCCUCGCACAUAAUGCUAGAAAGUCAAGUGCCAGACCUUGAUCUGCUGCUCUGUUAUAGAGCAACAUAUAAAGAAUUAAAAAAUAAUCUUUUUACUGAAA